AUGCUCGGACACAAGUACAAGACUGGCUCCCUUAUUCGUCUGAAUACCAAAGGCGCCGAGCAUUUGAAGAAGAUCUUUGGGAGCGUCUCUGGUGCAUACCAGCCUUGGGUUAUCACAGCGGAAACAUUCUCAACGAUCUUCCCAACAUACACGAUCCAGAGCAUGUCGGGCACGCAAUAUCAGGGAAUAAAGGAGGACUAUCUCGAGGCUCACGUCGUUUGCCACCAACUGCUGAACGCGUUUUCCCUUUGCCUACAUCCACCAGCCACCAUGUUACCACUGUCGCUACUGACAGCCGCCCAAAACAAACCCAUGUUGGUCGAGCUGAAGAACGGAGAGACCCUGAACGGCCACCUGGUCAAUUGCGACAACUUUAUGAACAUUACUCUCCGAGAAGUUUAUCAGACCAACCCAGAUGGCGAUCGCUUCUGGAAACUGAAGGAAUGUUACAUUCGGGGAAGCACAAUUAAGUACUUGCGCGUACCUGACAGUCUACUAGAUAUCGUGAAGGAGGAGCAAAAUAGAGCCCGUGACGCGAAUCGUAGUGCCAGAGGAGGUCAUAUGGGAGGCAAGUCGGAGGGGAGCUCCGAGAGCCCGUGGGGGACGUGGAGCGCCAAUGCGGGGAGGAAGAGGUCGUGGACGAGGAGCAUGAUGAGCAAGUAG